UUCUCGCCAAUGCGGCAAUAGCUUUGGCAACUAACUUUUAUCCAGGCUAUGGCCUUUUCAGCUAGGCACUUGCAGUGCACUGACCAUGGACUACUGUCUAACGGUAUGGAUACACUAACUCACUGACUAAGCCGCGACUAAGCGCUCGUGGACUCUUCUUUUCUUUCCGAAUAAUUGAAAAUAUGUUUGAAUGACUCCUACCAAAUUUUGAGGAUUGUGAAAUGAACGAGUUGCUGCUCACCUUCGCCUUGAUCGUCCUCUCGCUGAUACUUUCGCUCAUCUACUCAUGGAAGUCACGUAGAGCCACCGGCAGCCAGCCAAGUAGCGAUGGAGUUGACGGUGGCGAAGCUCAGGACAUUCCUGCCCUUCCGGAGCGGCGGACCCUACUUGGCGGACACAUUGCCUGGAUAAAAGAACAGAUCAAAAGGAAAGGCGGACUGCGAUUCGCUGGCCAUCUGGUGGCGCACGAGAAACACCGCUUGCCGGUAUUUGCGUUGCACUUCGGCCCGUACGGCUUUGCCGAGCGUGCAUGCGUCGUGGCGGACGCUACGCUGGCAGCGAAGCUGUGCGCCAACGAUGCUGUCGGGGUGAGCUCACAGAUCUGUGACGUGGUGAACUACAUGAUCGGCGCUGGGACCGUGUUCACGCAGAAUGGCGAGGCAUGGAUCAAGCACAGAAAUCUACUGGGCAACAUCUUCACCGAUGAGCACAGUACAUUCAGCGUGGACACUGUAGCACAGGUCACAGCCAGUGAAAUUCAGCGCUUCGUUGAAUCGAAGACAGUGAGCGAUAACGCAGCUGACGGAGAUGGAGCUGCGGCGGCAGCAAAGAGCCGCAGUCCAACACUCCAGCGAGUGGAGGUGUGUGAAGUCGUUGAACGCUUAGCCAUGGCGGCGCUGGCGCAAGUGUGCUUUGGCGUUGACAUGACAACCGAUCACCAUGAUUUUGAGCCAAUCCUGACGCGGUUCAUACGCUGUUUCAACAAACUGGCCAUCACACCAUCACUAACGCUAUGGAAACUAACCAACUUGCUCGAGUCGAGAAACUACUCGUCCGCCAAGGAAGACAUGCUGAAAACGCUGUCUGACCUCGUCGCCGAAAGAGAACAGAAAGGCUUGGAGUCGGGCGAGGAUCUGCUGUCCUUGCUGUUACGUGUGGAGCAUGACGGGUACGAUCGCAUGACCAUUGACGGGGUUAAGGACAACGGCAAUCGACCCGCUCGCAAGUCCAAGGCGCCGGAGGUGGUGCGAUUCAGCCGCCAAGAAGCGCUGGAACAGGCUCUCAUGAUGUUCGUAGUCAGCCACAACACUAUAUCCUGCACGCUAUCAUGGCUCUUCUAUUACCUAGCAAAAGAUCCCAAUCUUCAGUACCUGGUCUACAAGGAAGUCUCGUCGGUUCUCGUUGACAGCGAGCAGCAGCCGACCGUCAGUGCGUGCCGUGACCUGACCUUCACCAAGAUGGUUGUUCUGGAAACGCUGCGCUUGCGUCCUGCUGCACCGCUUCUCGUACGGAGUGUGAACAGUGAUGUCGUUGUCGGAGGCUACCGUUUCCUGAAGGGUGAUCACAUCUUGAUGAGUUCGUAUCUAGUACACCGGGACGGGCAGCACUGGCAGGAGCCAGAGCAGUUCGACGUCAGCCGCUGGACCAGCAUCGGCACGGAAGGAUACGCACCACGCAGUGCCUCGCAUAGCAGCUUCACGGUCAGCAGCAGUCAAAGCCGUCGCGCCGGCAGCUCUGGCAGCAGCGGCAGCACGAGCAGUGGCAGUGGCGUAGACCUGAGCGACGUGGCAGCCUACCUGUCGUUUGGCACUGGCGACAGAAUGUGUCCAGCAUAUGCCAACGCCAUGAACCAGAUACUGGCCAUCACGUCCGUCUGGAUCAGGAAGUGGCGCAUGUACCUGGCCGAGAAGACACUCUCCGAACAGGUCAGCUUCACCUACAGCCCUGGACACGUGUACAUUCACUUAGAGCCUCGUGACAUCACAGAGGAGUUCCAGAAGCCCACUCUCCCACCUGGUCCUCGGCGCUUCGUGAUCUCGUGAAGAAUUGCCGGCCAAUUUUGAUUAUAGCCGAAGGAAUACUUUUGAAGUUGUUAAAAGGAUUCUUUUGAUAAUCUACCGGAAUUUCAUUUGCCACGUUUUCCCUGAAACAGUAGUACCGCAAGCACUGAUAUACAUACACCCCUCAGCAAAUGUUUGUGUUUUUUGUUGUUUUUAUUCGUUUUAGAUCAGUGUAGAAGCUGUUCCGGGGCUGUUUUGUUCGGACCUGUUGGCCCUGUUGGCCAUGUAUACCUACUGUAGGACUGGUAUAAUAUUUGCAUCCCUCAAGUUAAGGCAAACAACACCUGGCACAGCUUGGCCCGUCCGUAUGUAUACUGCGAUAGCAAAGUUGUAUACUGGUGUUUUAGCGUGGACUAUCUGAUCAUUGCUGGCAGUGAACACAAUCACAAGUUAUCUAUAGUUUUUUUGCGUUUAUAUACUCUUCUCUUCACAAGUUUGAAGGAAAGACACAAACUCUUCUCUAGUGCAAUAUUUUUCUGACCAUGUUCAAGUUGAUACCGUCUUCCUUGGUGCCGGAAGGAUUAUUUUACAAGCUAUUGAUGUGAGGCUUUAUCUAAAAUGCCAUUGGCGUUCCUGGUGUUUUCUUUGAAUACUUGACGUGGUGGAACUGAAUUUUACGGCCUUCCCAGUAUACCGACUA